AAAAAUAAAAGCAAAAUAGAUUUGGCAUGAAUGUUCGAACCCAGGCCCUCAGUAUAGGCCCGAAACCCAGGCCCGGUCAAUUAGUACAUGUCAUGGACCAGGGUCUAGGCUCUGGGUAAAGCAAUUGUGUGAAAUCUGAGUUUUGGAGCAAACGCGAUGCAGAGAUGGUGCGCCAAACUUGGCUCUCUGGCCACUUCAUGGCAAAACCAACCAUUUAUGGCACCUCAAUGGCGUCGUCUCCUCCAUCAUUCUCCUCAAUUUCAUCGAUCUCUCCCAUCUGCUUCAAUCACCACUUCCAACUUUGUGCCCCUUUUCAAUGCCGCAGCUUCUUCUUCAAUGGCAGCUCACUUCUUUCGCUCUUCUCUUCUCCCUCUCUAUGUGGUUCCAGUCCGUCAUUUUUCUUCCAAAGACAAAAACAAGAGAAGGCCAAUUACACCAGUGACUUCCAAGAUCAAGAAGAUCAAAAUGAAAUCUUAUUCGUCCUUUAAAAUGAGGUUCCGGGUGAUGAAUGAUGGGAAUAUCCGGCGUUGGAGAGAGGGAAAACGCCACAAUGCACAUUUAAAGUCCAAGAAAGCAAAGCGCAGACUUAGACAGCCUGCUCUUGUUCCUGCAGCUUAUGCCAAGGUGAUGAAGAAGCUCAACUUCUGUGCUUAAAACAUCGGGAGUUCUCUCCAAGUGCUGUCAAUUCCUGGUAUAAAAAAAGUAACAUAUCAUCUUUGUGUUGUGGGUGGUUUGGGUUGGCUUCGCAUUUCUACUUUCUUUCAGUUGCAUUAAUUUCAGAAUCCCAGACUGGUUAUAGAGCAGUGUCUGGAUGAUUACAAUCACUGAUAAGUUCCAGUUGGAACUGGGUCAUCACUAGGAGAUUGAAACUCAAAUUUUUUAAAUCAAGGAAUAUUGCUUUGAACUUAA